UUGUAAUUCUUUUUUUCUCUUUUUUCGCAAUGCAGUGUAUAAGACGUACGUGUGUGUAUAACUUCAUUGCCAUGUAAUGUAAUGUGUACCUAUACACAUACGGAGAAACGAUAUAUAUGCAUAACCUUAUAUAGUCAGGCCGCUCACGCGCUUUUUUACUUCGCGGCUGUCUAUUAUUGCUGCGUGUGUAAGUAUGUGUGUAGUACAUACAGCAGCCUCUCGCACACGCCGCCCCAGCAGCAGACAGACAAACACGUCCCUACCUAUACCUAUAUAAUGGCAAUGAAAAUCGAAAGGCCCAGAUGAUUGCAAAAAAUCGUAGUCUUAAUAUUAUUCUCAAUAAGGCCUGCCGCCGCCGCUGCUCCGAAAUCAGAUCGUUGCUCGGCGCGUAACGGAGCGCAUCAUCACUGAAAGCCGGAAUUGAUUCAUCGAUUUACAUUGUCUUUUUAUAGAUAGCGUGAUAAUAGCGUAACUAGCGGCUCGCGCGUGGAUUGUGUUGUUGUUGUUGUUGUGUGUACACACAGUCUUUGGAUAAUUAAAGGGCUCACAGACAUGGUUCGCGUUAUCAGCCAAGAGACCUACGAUCAGGUCGUGCAGGAGAACGUCCAGGAUUUUGACAUGACGAUCGAGGAGGCCAUCGAGGACGCGAUCAAGCAAUUCGAUGCACAGGACGUGGAUCUGUCCAAUGUCAUCAAAGAUUUGGCUAUUACCAACGUCACGUCGAAUAUCGAUCGUUGCAUCGGAACACUAAAAGAGUGUGUAAAAAAUUCGGAUUUCAAGGGAGCCCCUUCGUCGCUGAACGAGCUGAAAGAUAUACUGGAUGCCGACAUUGCUCAGAGAGUUUAUGCUGGUAAAAAUGGAGCGUACACUGUGCUUUUAGAUGUGAUAAAUAGUUGUAAGGAUGAGCCUGAGUUACUUAUAAUAGCUCUGAAGACCAUGACUUCUUUAGUGAACGGCAACCCAGAUUUGCUGGAUCAGUCUGGGAUCAAGCUUCAAAAAAGUUUAUUAGAUGAUAAUCAGAAUGAUGCACAGAAAUUACAAUUGAUCUUGAAGUGGAUCAAAGAAUGUUGUAUCAAGCAUGAAAUGAACAGACAAAAUAUUUUUAAAGCAGAAAUUUUAGAAAAUCUAAAAUCUAUUUUGACUCAACAGAAUGUCAAUGAUUCUGUUGUCAAGGAGGCCUGCGCUGUUAUGAGAGCCCUGACAUUGGACGAUGACAUAAGGCUUGAAUAUGGAAAAGCUCACGAACAUGCAGCUACUAUUGCCACAGAGACAUUGAAAAUUCUCACUCAGUUGUUAUCAACUUUCCAGUCUGAUAAAGUUAUAGUUGGAGAAAUCAUGUUGACAGCAGCUUCUUUGAUAGUUAGGAAUGAAUUUUGUCAAGAGUUUGAGGAUGCUGGGGGAUUGCAAUUCAUUUUAGAUGUAUUCACUAAUUAUCCGGAAGAAGAAAAACUAAACUGGCAAGCACUAAAAUUAAUUAAAAGUUUAGCUGGUAAUGAUGAUGUUAAAGCUCACAUAGUUACAUCGGGAAUUGCUCCAUUAAUCAUUUAUGCCAUCAGUAGAUUAAAGAGUUCAGAAUACAUUGUUACAGCCGGUCUGGCUUGCAUUUCAGCAUUAACUUUGAAAAGUCCCUCCAACGCCGGAGUAUUCUACGAUUGUGGAGCUGUGACGAUAAUUAUUGAUGCCAUCAAAUCCCAUCCAAAAAGUUCGGGAGUAAUUCAACAAGCUUCAUGGGCUAUCAGAAAUAUGUCCGUAAGAAAUAAAAAUGAAUCACGAGAAUUCGUUGCAUAUGGCAUCGAGGAAUUACUCCAAAAUGCCCUCAAAACACAUGUACAUUUAGAAUCAGAUAUUAAGGCUGCAUUGAGAGAUUUGGGUUUGAAAGUUGAAUUUAAAGAACGUUGGACAGGAAAAGGUAAACCAGUAACCAAUGAUUAACGAAAAAUUGUGUUUCUUCACUAAUGAAAAGAUAUGUUUUCGAAAAAUUAAUGAUAUUUUUUAAACUAUGAAAAUAAAGUAAAAAUAUUUAAUUCGUACAUGAUACAAAUAAUGAAUUUUAUGAUGUUAAAUAUUCUCAAUUGUUAAGUUAAUGUACCACUUAAUUUAGAUGAGUUUUUUAUACAAAUAAAAGUCAAAUUGAACUUUCUCAAAUAAUUAUAUUAUUCAAAUUUUAAAAAAGCUAUUUCAAGUUUUUUAGAAUAUAAUGGUAGAGAUAUCAACAUA